CUCUGGGAAAAGAAUUCAUCACCUCCUACAUGGAGGACUGUGGGAACUCGAGUCAAUUUGAAGUGCAAAUUACUGGCUACUUUGCCUUCACUUCAGUGUCUGUUUCCAUCCCCAAUUACCUGUUUCACGGGGCAAGGUUUGAGAAUAAGACUAUGGUAAAUCAGGGAGAGAUAGUGCGGGUCAGUCUACCAGAGUCAGUGGGAGUUAAGGGCAGUGACGUGGUCUCCAAGGUGGUCCUAGUCAAGGCUGACAAAGAUAUCUCGGUAGUGUCUGUCAGCAACAAACAUGUGAGCCCUGAGACCACUGUGCUGUAUCCUGUCUCCAGCUUGGGAAAUGAACACUAUGUAGUGACUCCCUCUAUGGAACCCUUGGAUAGUUACCCAGAGUUCUCUGUUAUAAUGUACCAAGAGCUCAACUCCGUGGAGGUCCAUGUGAAAGGCAAGUUACAUGACCUAACACAGGUCCACUCCACUGGCAGCAAACUGAAUUUUAAGCUCUUCAGUUUCGAAGGCAUCCAGUUACAAGGCAUAGAAGAUCUGUCUGGCACCAGGAUUGUCUCAGAAAAGCCAGUGGCCGUCUUGGUUGGCCAGGUGUGUUUUUGUAAUAGCACAAAAUGCAACCACGUCUUUGAGCAGCUCCUACCAGUCUGCAGCUGGGGUACAACAUACAUCAUUCCUCCCUUACCCUGGCAGAAAGUAAAUGACAUAGUCUAUAUCACUGCUUCCCAGAGCACGGCUGUGUUGUAUCAACGAGGGAAACAGCAAGAGAAUGUUACUCUAACAGGAGGCAAUGUACUCCAACUUCCUGUCAAGCCCUCAAUCCCAGUCUACAUCUCUGCUAAUGUGAGCAUCCAGGUGAUGUUCUACGGCCUGGGCGCAGCUAUCCCUAAUUCCUCCCACGCCUUCCUGAUGAAUGUUCCAGAUGUUGCCAGUUACUGCCUGAUGUAUUCUAUAAAUGAGCAGGAGGGCUUCAAGAACUUUGCCUUGAUGGUGGCCAAUACAUUGGAGACUUGCGCCAUCAUCUUAGACAAUCAGCCUCUAAGGGAUAUGGAGUGGAAGCCAGUCCCUGGCACUGAGUUCGUUUGGGGCAUGCAUACGCUUGGACGUGCCAUGAGAUCCCAUGCUGUGGAACAUGCCAGCUCUCCAUUCGCACUCCUGAGUGUUGGCACUGCUGCCAUGGACAGCUAUGGGAUUCCGGGUUCCUGCAGGAAGAAUGUUACCUUUAAAUGUCAGACUGAGACUCAACAGAUAAAAGAGCAGUUGAAGAUGUGCAAAGAUGUCUUUCAGUAGCGCAGAACCAGUGAAUUUUGCUCCUUCAUGAAUUCAACCUUAGUGAAUUUGGAGACCAUGUGUGCAGAGGACAGAGCAGCAUUGCUGGAGGAAGUUGCUCGCCCCUUUGGUUCCUUCCUGAAUAGCUCCAUCCUCAGUGCUGGUGGGACUGAGAGGAAGAGGGACAUGGCCUCCGCCGUGACCUUCCUCCUGCAGAGUGUGGAAUUGGCUGCACUGACAGUUGCUUUGCAGUCUCCGGAGAAUAAGACCCAGAACGUGACAACAGAGUUUAUGGCUAUCGAGAUGCUCCUCGUCCAAGCUGCAGGUCGCUGUGAUGAAGUCUUCAGGCUGAGAGGUCAGGAGGAGACAAUGGACAUUCACGGCAAUGCCGUCGCCAGAGCAGCCACAAAAGAUCCUUGGGCUGUUGCUUUUAUUUCUUACUCCACCCUGGACUCCAUCAUUAACAGGACAUUACUUGAUGAGGGAGAUCUAAUGGCUGAUGAGAAAUUGAGGAAUUUUCACCUGAAUUCCAGGGUGGUGAGUGGGGCUAUCGGAGAUGGGAGGCCAAAGUUUUGGAAACGUGUGACAAAAGAAACAGUAUUCUCCCCAUGA